AAAACAGCGUCGACUUGCGCAACCGACACACACUGAACAACACAACACAACACACCUCCCAAGAUGAACACGCUUGUUGCUGUUGUUGUUGUUGUUGUUGUGGCCGUGGCCGCGUUGCACGGCGCGAGCGCGCAGCCCGCGGGCGACAUCCGACUGAAGCACGCGCAGGAUCAUGGGCGCAAGGACCAGGGAUGGACAACGACGACAACGACGUUCACGACACGGGGGACCACGACCUCCACGACUGCCAACUUCCCGACUGGUAGCUGGACCACAACCACAAUGCAGACAACCACGUCCACCUCUUCUACCAUGACGUCGACAACAUCCAACAGCGGUGGCGCCGGUGCUGUCGCCACCGUUUCUCGCUGCUCCCGCUAUGGCGCCCCCUUCACCGUCAGCGAUGGCAUGCCAGACUACCCUCAAGCCCACUCUGUGCUGUUUGACAACAAGUACGGCGAUAUGCGGUCGUUCAUGUACAUGACGUGGAACAACAGCAACUGCGCCGGCGAUCCCAUCUACGAGUCACAACUGGACCUGACGAGCAACAAGGGCGUGGAGGCGACAUCGGAGGUGCUGCACUACGACAACGCCGUGUUCUGCUUCUCGAAAGGCGGCGACAAGGUUGUACAGCGCCUGAGCAAGUUCUGUGUCUGCGACUUGUACAGCGACACGCGCACCUGUGAGACGGGGCACUGUGUCACAGGCCGAUAUCCUGAUGCAGACGAGUGCGGCUAUCAGCGCUGGGCCGGGUGCAGCUCCCAGAUCACUACCACCAUUGACCAGUGCGCCAAGCGCUACGGUGAAGAGAACGAGGCAUUCCGGCUGAUGUGUCUGAUGAACGGGCUGUACAACGCUCCCAGCCCCUUCACCAUGCGUGCCUGCUGCCCGUGCCUCAGCAAAUACGCCCAGCAGUACGCGCACUGGGCAGAGUUCCCGUGCAUGGCCGCCUAA